GGCGAACUGCACGUCUCCUGGUCGCAAUGCGCUUCUGAUCCGUCGGGCUUCCUUUCUACCCUACCCCUUCCACCUGGCGCUUUAUACUCGGCUUGUCUCGCCUGAAUGACGUUUAACGAUCGCAGACAUCCCUUCGCCCCGGUCAACCGGUCUUGACCUUGUCUUCCUCCCUCUCCCUCUCAUCCUCACAAUGCCUCUCUCUGAGGAAGCGCCGCUCCGCAUGUCGGCCAUCUCAGAGCGCACAGUCUCCGACUGGAACACCAGUCGCCUGGGGACGCGCCUGGGGGUGGACGUCGCCAGUGCGGCGACUGCCGGCGCGCUGACAUGUCCGGUCAUCACAGUCAUCGACCGCGCGAUCAUCGAGAAGGCCGCCAAAGGCGUCCCCAUCCGCCAGACCAUCACCUCCGGCUUCCGCUCCAUGCUCACCAAACCCGCGGGCUUCUUCUUCAGCACGCCCUUCCUCCUCAUCUACACCCUAUACACAUCCACCUACCUGACCGCAAACACCAUCGAUACCAUCACCUCGACGAUGCGCAACCAGUCCUUCUCGUCGGUCUUCGCCGGCCCCGCCAAAUUCAUCACCACCACAACCGUCAACAUGGGCAUCUGCCAUCAUCAGCAGCAUCAGCAUCCUCACAACCUGGCACCACAUCCACACCCACACCCACCCCACCUCAACCCGCACAUCACUACAAUCGCAACCCCCACCACCCCCCCAGCAUCCUGCCACCCCUCCGGCACCAAAGUGCCCCGACUCUCCUACUCCCUCUUCUGCCUCCGCGACAGCAUCACCAUCUUCGCCUCCUUCAACAUCCCCUCGCUCGUCGCCCCCUCCAUCCCCGACUCCAUCGCCGCCACCCCCGGCAUGAAAGCCGCCAUCGCCCAGUUCUCCUGUCCCGCGCUGAUGCAGUUCGCCAGCACGCCCAUGCAUCUGCUCGGUCUGGACCUGUAUAACCGGCAGCCGCCGGGUGGGCUGGGGUGGCGCGAGCGCGCCUCCAGGAUUCGGAGAGAUUACAUCCCCAGCUGUUUUGCGAGGAUGGGCAAGAUUGUCCCUGCUUAUGGUGUGGGUGGCGUGGUGAAUGUGCGCAUGAGGGCUUCGUUGAUGGAGUAUUUGGAGAGGGGGUGA